AGCUUACCAAGUACCAACGAUCAUCUACACAUCUAUUAUGUCGCCCUUAUCGACUCGAUAGCUUGAUAUCGGCUUCAGCAAUGUCAUCAUCAAGCCCAAAAACACCCUCUCCAAACCAAGCCCCCAGCCCGAACCAGGCCCGAACCAUUCUAAACGGGCCCGUCGCAAUCCUCUGGGACAUCGAAAACUGCCCCGUCCCAUCCGACGUCCGGCCCGAAGAUGUGGCGGGAAAUAUCCGCAUGGCACUCCGAGUCCACCCCAUCAUACAAGGCGCCGUCACAAUGUUCUCAGCAUACGGAGACUUCAACUCUUUCCCGAGACGCCUUCGUGAGGGCUGCCAGAGGACAGGUGUCAAGCUCGUAGACGUCCCCAACGGCCGUAAAGACGCGGCCGACAAAGCAAUCUUAGUCGACAUGUUCCUCUUCGCCCUCGACAACUGUCCCCCUUCCUCGAUCGUGUUAAUCUCGGGAGAUGUCGAUUUUGCCCCUGCCCUUCACAUUCUCGGCCAGCGAGGCUACACUGUCGUCCUCGUCAUCCCUUCGAAAAUCGGGGUCUCGUCCGCUCUCUGCAGCGCGGGAAGGUUCGUCUGGGAUUGGUCGAGCCUCGUUCGUGGAGAGGGUUUCAGUUUUUCUUCUCCAACUGCAAGAGAUAACGAGGUGGAGGAGGAAUCUAUUGUUUACAAGGGGAUUUGCGAAUUGGGCCCGAACGAGGCCCAUGUGAUGUGGGCCCAGCCUGGAGAUUUGAACGGGCUCAAGGGGCAGAUUGUGAAGUUGCUGGAGAUGUCGGGUGGGGUUUUGCAGCUGAUGAGACUGCCGUCUGAGUAUCAGAGGAGUUACGGGCGGCCGCUUUAUGUUUCGGAAUAUGGGUCGGGUAAGCUUGUGCAUCUUCUGAAGAAAAUGGUUGAUGUGGUUUCGGUGGAGGGGACGGGCCAGAAGAAGGUCGUGUGCCUUGUUCAAGGUUCGAGAAUCGGGCCCGAUUGCCGCCAGCCUGUCGUUUUGGAUGAGGAGGGGGUUUUAAUUGGCGGGAAGAAAUCGGGGGGUUUUGGGGAUGUUGUAGAGAAGAAUGUGGAUGAGUUUAGGUAUGAGCUUCAGGAGAUUCUGGUGAGUUACUCGUGCAGGAUAUUUAUGGGGUGUUUCGAGGAGAUUUACUGCCAGAGGUAUAAAAGGAAGCUGGAUUAUGGGAGGUUUGGUGUGAGUGGGCUGGAGGAGCUUCUGGAGAAGGUGAAAGAUGUGGUGGUUUUGGAGGAGGAGCCGGUGAGUAAAAGGCGGUUUAUGGUUGCCGUUGGUGGGUGAAAAAAGAUAAUUUGCUUCGGUUAAUUUUCGAAAAAUCGAACCUUUCUUUUGGGGGGAUAUGUAAAGACAUGAGUUUUUAAGUGUCCAUUGUCUUCUUCUUCUUCUUUCUUUUCUUCUUUU